GAGCGUCUCCAUUUUCUUCCAGCCAUCUCGUCGGCUACACGGGCAGCACCAUUUUAAGAAGUCGUUUCGUCAGAGUCGCUUCUCAACGUUUGUCUUGUCGCUCCAAAGUGGUUCGAGAGACCAUUAGUAGUCGUCGUUCGUUUCUUUUUUUUUCGCGGAGCUUACUUUGGUGGUGAAGUGUUUUUCUUGAACCAAAAGUGGCAAUUAACAACACCCCCUCGGCCCGGUGGUGUUGGAACAAGCUAGCUCUUGAAGCUAAGUUUAGCUAGCUGGCUUUUUUUCGACCGAUGCAACGUUCAUUGAGCCUUCAACAGAAAUCAAUCAGAAUGAGUGCCGCAUCCUCUCAAAAAGUGGUCCUGAAGAGCACCACCAAAGUGUCCCUGAACGAGCGCUUCACUAACAUGCUGAAGAACAAGCAGCCCACAGCGGUUAGCAUUCGAGCCACCAUGCAACAGCAGCAUAUGGCCAGUUCACGCAAUCGCCGGCUGGCCCAGCAGAUGGAGAAUCGCCCCUCGGUGCAAGCUGCUCUGAGUCACAAACAGAGCCUGAAGCAACGACUGGGGAAGAGCAACAUCCAAGCCAGGUUGGGUCGCCCGGUUGGCUUGGGGAUGCGCGGCGGUGCCAUCGGUGGCAGAGGAGGCUUGCGCGGGAUGACCAGAGGACUUCGCGGAAGGGGCAGAGGAGGAAUGAUGAGCGGUGCGCUUUCGCUGAGAGGAAAACGAAUGACUCCCGGGUUCCCCGUCCGAGGCCGCGGCUCCGCUGGCCGUAUGGCAUUUCGUAGAGGUGGGCGCCAGCGGGCGGGAAUUCCCGGCCGCGGCGGGCCUAUGGGGAGAGGAGCCCCCCGUGGAGGAGUGUCCAGAGGGCGCGGCGGGCUCCGCGGGCGCGGCGGUUUUGCCGGCAGACGUGGCCGCGGCAGAGGUGUCGGCCGACCGUCGGUGACCCGCGAGCAACUGGACAACCAGCUGGACGCUUACAUGUCAAAGACCAAAGGUCACCUCGAUGCGGAACUGGAUGCCUACAUGGCCCAGGCAAACCCGGAGAGCAUGGAGUGACACUUGGGACUCGAGGGACUGCGAGAACUGCACAGCGCCUUUUUCGCACGUGCUGCAUAGCGUCUACUCGUUCUCAGAAAAUGGGGUGAAUCGUUUUGAUGAGAGAAACGACAGUCCAGAGCAGGGCGCUUUGGACGAGCAGAAAAUUCGUCACACUGAAUGUGCUGUCAUCCACAAGUCAUUUCUAUAAUUGUUGCCGAUGAAGCCCAUUUGAAUUCUCCAUCACAGUAUGAAAUGACUUUUCGAAAUCUGCAAGAGUUCGGUUGUUUUAUUUUUACUGUACCAUGUCCUUUCAUACCCUGUUCAGAUUCUCUCGUCACCCACUUUGUUAAGAUGUUUGAGUCGCCUUCUGACUUUGUUUCUGCCAAUUGCAAAUGUUAUGUUUCUGUACAGCCAGAAUUUGGUCUUCUCAGGCAUUUCGGCACUGGUUCAUAAUGUCAAAAGAAUGUGUAAACAAAGCCUCCCUUCCUUCCCAGCCAA